UUGAAUCUGGAGUCGGUCAAAGUGCAAUGGCCAGACCAGAUUGUUAAAAACACUCAGUGGGGAAGAAUUACUGCAGUGAAACGAUGAAAAGGAGAAACGUGAAACGUGACAAUUCGUCCCCCGAUAGGAAGGACAGGAGGGCGGCUGGCGGCCGGAGGAAAGAGGGAACUCAGUCCCCCUGGUGGUUAAGACGGGGAUUACUGGCUGCUGUCGCUGUCUGCAUCCUGGUGCCUGUCACAUAUAAAAUAAUCCCUGUAUUGAUUCAGGACAUUAUUCACACCUACCGACUCAGCGUACCGUUCUUUGAGGAUCUGAGCCGGCCUGCUGAUUUCUCCCUCAAUCACACCAUCAACAUGUACUUAACGUCAGAGGAGGGCAUUUCCCUGGGCGUAUGGCAUACAGUUCCUGAAAGUCGGUGGAAAGAAGCUCAGGGGAAAGACCUGUUGUGGUACCAGAACACAUUAAAUGAUGGAAAUCCGGUUUUUAUAUAUCUGCACGGAAACACGGGAUCAAGGACAGCUCCACACCGAGUUGGAGUGGCAAACUUACUGAGUGCACUGGGUUACCAUGUGGUGGUGCCUGACUACAGAGGUUUUGGAGAUUCCACCGGAGAGCCGACUGAAUCCGGCCUGACUACAGACGCCAUGCACGUGUACAACUGGGUCAAAACACGCAGCGGGGACAGCCUGGUGGUCAUCUGGGGACACUCUCUUGGCACUGGGGUGUCCUCUAACACUGCAGUCAAACUGCUUGAGGAAGGCGUUGUUUGUGAUGGUGUGAUCCUGGAGGGGGCAUUCAAUACUGAUCAACAACAUUUGCCAUAUAAUAUGUUCAGCUGGUAUUACUGGAGAUUUCCAGGCAUUAAGCGCUUGGUCAGUUUCCUAUGGGAAGGAAAAAUGCCCGUUUUUCCCACAGAACACAAUUUGAAGAAAAUGAAAAGUCCGAUAUUGUUCCUCCAUUCAGAGGACGAUCACUUAGUUCCCAUUGAGAUUGCUCAUCGGACCUAUGAGGUUGCUGCAAAUGCCCAAAGUAAAGACAGAGUCAAGCUUGUGACAUUUGACGGUUCUCUGGGGUAUCUACACAACGGCUUGUAUCGGGAUCCAAAGCUGCCUGGUGUCUUAAAGGAGUUUGUGAAUUCAUUGUAACAUCGGAAACAGCACUGGGACCUUGGACAAAGAGUAACCUGAAUGCAACAUGAACCUAAAGUAUUUUUAAGGUGUCCUCCUCUGAUGAGUGUAACAACUUCUGAGAUCAAUUAAAUACAAGCCAAAACAGAAAGGAGCUCUGGAAAUGAUGCCAGAACAAAUAAAGUGAUUUCUUUAUCAA